UUUUUACCGUGAAGGUCAGCACAGCAGGAGCAACUGGACACUGGAGGCUGAAGUGUUUCUACCUGUUCAGUUUCAAUUCAGUUCAAUUUGUAAAGUAAAGUAAAACCAAACCCCUACCUGUACCUUUAACUGUAAUUAAUUACAAUAUGAAAACAACAGGGGAGAGGAAAAACUUCCUCUCUAACGAUUAAGAAACCUCCAGCAGAACCAGGCUGGACGUGGCCAUCUGCCUUGAUCGGUCGGGGUGAGGGGAGAGAGAGAGAGAAAAGCACAGCAACAACAACAAGCAACAGAGCGCGGGCAGGAUGGUUCAAACUGGACGCUUUCAUCUCAGACCUUCAUGUUGAGAACCUUGUGCUCCAAACCAGCAGCUCACGUUUCCAUUGAAUCUCCCUUAAGCUCCAGGUGAAACAGAGGUUCGAGUGGAGCCGCCGUGAAUCAACAGGCUGCGUCUGACAUCACCAGCGGCUGAUGAGCUUAAGCGCAUUAAGCUGCUUUACAGUGAGAAGUGGAGCAGACUGAGAUGCACAGACGAACGAGGACGGAGAAGAAGCAGCAGCCGCUCACGUCUGCGUCUCAGCUUCAUGUGGGGUUGAUGCUUCGGCAGCUACCGUCAGGACUCAGCACCCAAAGCAGACGUGCUGUGUGUUGGUGCUGCUUCCACAUCAAUGCUACCUGUGGACCAAUGCUGUGAUUUAACGCCGCAUGUCUGCAGACACGUGAGCGGCCGCGUCACCCGCAGGUCACGGCUCCAUUCACGGCGACCUGAGCCUGAGGUCUGACGAUGACCAAGCGAGGCCGCAGGAGAAGCAGCAGGAGGAGGAGAAGCUCCAGCAGCAGCAAACAAAGUGUUUCCGACAUAUUUCAAAAGCACAACAAAAGUAACAGUGUGAGCUACAAAGACGACCUGCUUGAAAAGGGACAAACUGACUGUCUGCGAAAGGAGAAUGUUCUGUCGGGAUCCGAAAAUGAGGAGAGACACAAAGAUUAUCAGAUGGAUCCAAGUCCAGAGUCCAAACGGAAGAAUCACAACCAGGAGGCAGAGAACGAGGUGAAGACGCGUGGGUCCGACGGGGACAGGGGAAACUCCACCCAGCAGUCCCACCAGCAGACAGGAAGUCCUCCCUCAGCAACUCCUGCUAACGUCGUCAACAUUUACUGCACCGGCUCCAACGUGAAGCUUGAGAUUCAGGAGAUUCUUCAUUCUGACACAUGUGGCAUCAAAACCACUGUAGUUUACAUAAACCAGGAGGAGAUAAGUCUGAGGGACAAACGGGAGAAGAUGCCGGACAACGAGUCGUCCGAAGUGACCAGUCAGAACAAUGGAAGCAGGAGUGAAGCCACAGAGAUGGGUCCGGCGGUGGACCAGAACAUGGACCAGAACAUGGACCAGAGCAUGGACCAGAGCAUGGACCAGAACUUGGACCACAGCAUGGACCAGUGCCUGGAUGUUCCUCCUCCCCAGCAGUUUGCAGACGCACCCGAUGGUUCAGAGGAGGCAACCCUGACCUCGGCUUCCUGCUGGAACAGACUCUGUAAACAAGCUGAGGUGGAAGCUUUCUUUGACCUGUCAGACUCGGACACUUUUGAGCCCUUGUUGAUGAGGGCGUCGUUGUCAACAAACAGGUCCAGCUUCACCAAAGACUUCAUCAACUGCCAGAAGAGGAAGUCGUGGAUCAGGAACAACAGCAUUGCAACGAUAGAACAAAGGACGUAUGUGCUGCAGAAGAAGCGACGGCAGACGUUUCCUGGGCUGUGGGACGCUCGAGGUCUGAUGCUGGACGAGGUGGAAUCCUCGUCCUCCUUGGUUCUGCUCACACUUCAUCUCCAGACCGAGAGACUGUUAGCGAACCGACGAGGAAACCACAGUUCUAAGUGUUCAUCAGAAGCUCCCAGCAGACAGAACAGGAAGCAGUCAUCCCUCGCUCUGCUCCAUAAAACAGACGACGCGUUCGCAUGCAGUGUUUCCAAGGAGACGCUGGCCGCUGACCAAGAAGCCUGUCAGAGUGAAGCAGUUGACAGCGGCUGUCACCAAGCAGACGCUCGCAGUCAAGAGCUUCAGUGGAGGGAGCUGCCUCCAAAAGCCUCUUCUAUUCACGUCAUCCCUCCAUCAUGCAGCGGCUCAGAGGAACAAAUAGAAGAGAGUCCUGAGGAAGAAGCCAAGGAGGAUGAAGGAUUCACACAGAUGGAACACACCUCUGCCCUGGAAAAACUCCACAAAGACGUGGAUCCAUUGAAAGUAGACAUAGAGGAGGCUCCAAGGGACGGCCUGGUGACCGGGUCCAGCCCUGUCAACUGCUCCAAGGCCCCACAGAUCCAACCAGAGCAGCUCAGUCGACCAGAUGAGAACAAAGCUGCUGCGUCCAGAUGCCACUCCGGGAACAAGGAGCCUCUAAGAGCUACUGUACCCAAAGAGCCCGACUACAGACAGAACGAGUCCGACCACUGGGGCAAAAGGAGGAAGCUCUUCAAGGAAACUAAGCAGGAAGCUGCAGGAAGCUCAGUGACCAGCGACGUCACCGAGGAGUCUGCGUCAGUUGACGCGUUGGACACGAUCUUCCUCCAUCACGAGAACAACAGGGGCUUCUACACGGAGACGUUCCACUCUUCAGCGUGGAUCUACCGAGGAGACGACCCGGGGCCCGUCCCUCCCAGCACCAGGACCAGAACCGUCUCCAUUCGUGAGAGAACUGUGAGGAUCAGCAAAGGAAGCGGAGAAUAUCCGUGGGGCUUCCGAAUCCAGUUCUCUGAACCUAUCGUGGUAACAGAGGUGGACACAAACGGAGCAGCUGAGGAAGCCGGGCUGGUGGUCGGAGACUACGUCCUCACUGUCAACGGAACCGACGUGUCCAGCAUCCCCCACUCCGAGGCUGCGGCUCUGGCCAGACGAGGUCCGGAUGUUCUGACGCUGACCGUGGGCUCAGACAUCGCCUGCUGUCCUAACACCCCUCGCCCGGCAUGCCGCGGGUACCUCCACAAGCGCACCCACACUGGUCUGAUCAAGGGCUGGAGGAAGAGGUGGUUCGUGCUCACACACGACUGCUGCCUCUACUACUACAGGCACAGACGGGACGAGGGCAGGAGACGGGCCGUGUCGGCGCUGAGGCUGGAGGGGGCCGAGGUGGGCCAGGACGCGUCCCUGGGGAAACCCUUCGUGUUCAGGUGCCGCCCUCAGGCCGCCGGCCGCGUCUACUUCUACUGCGCCACGUCCAGCCAGGAGAUGAAGAGGUGGCUGGAAGCCUUGAGGAAAGCCGUUCAUCCCAUCACGCAGAACCACGUGUGGGUGGACGUCACCAGGCACAACUCGCACCUGCCCCCGCUGGCCGUGAAGAACCCCGAGUGCCUGGGUCUGCUGCACACCAUGGACAAGAACAAGGACGUGUGGCUGCAGCACUACUGCAUCCUGAUGGACGGCUGCCUCUACCUGUACAGCGGCAUCCGGGCCACGCACGCCCACGGUGGGAUCUACCUUCAGGGCUACAAGGUGCGCGAGCAGCCGUACGGAACCAGGAAGUCCACCAUCGAGCUGAAACCUCCAUCUGACGAGUUCAAGACCUUCUACCUCUGUGCUGAGAACCCCAGCGAGAAUCAGCGGUGGAUGGUAGCUCUCACCGCUUCCAUAAAGAAGUGGCUGCCUUUACACCAGGCCCUUCAGGACUACAUGAACCGGGCCCCGGAGGAGACCAGGAUGUGAGGGAGGACUGGUUGGUCCAUGAAGCCUCCAUCACAACCAGCGUAUGGGUCUCUAACAGCUCUACAUCAACCUUUUUCUGCUGUGAUACUCAUUUUUAGAUAGAAAUGUGUUUUUGAUACCACAGAAAAUGUGUGUUAAUGAAGAUACGACACAAAGCAAAUACACGAGUAACAGAAAUUGAAUAUGUAAAUCUGCAGGUAGCUUCAUGUUUUCACACGCUGUUAAAUGUAAAAAUGUAAUAAACACUGAAUCUUGAA